AUGUCAACAACACACUCCUCAACUCUAUUCCUAACCGACGAAAGCCCUCCUCCUUCUUCAUCUCCGCCGCCAUCCUCUCCACCACCGCAAAACCAACCACCUCCCACCACCACCACCACCGCAGAAAACAAAGACAACAAAACCCCAGCAGCGCCUAUGCCGCCAAUGCUCAGCUGCCCGUGCCCAUGCCACGACGACACGCCAGCGCACGAAGCCCGGCCCUGGAUCGGCUUCAGCAACGCCGCGUACCUCGUGUGCCCGCUCUGUUGGGUCGAGGCGUACACGCGCGCGCACGGCGGCGACCAGCGCUACGGGUACGACUGCGAGACGUAUCUGCGGGGGCGAGGGAAGGAUCCCAAGGUGCCGGCUUCGAAGCAGUGUUAG